CUCGGGGGUCACCCAGGACCGUGAUUUUCCCUCUAUCCUCUCCUCCUAGAUUAACACCCUAGAGGCUGCAGGUCGGCGCGAAAGGCUGUUUGCAUCUCGGCCCGGGCGCAGGUCGCCUAGCGACCUAAAGCCGUGGGCUCGGGGAAGGGAUCCCAGGCAGAGCCAAAAUGGAAGGCGGGACCAGGGCGGCCUGGCGGGGGCGAGGGGCCGGUUUGGGUCCCUGGGGACCCCUUGCCCUGCGGGCUUCGGCCCCUAGGGCGGAGCAAGGCAGCGGGGCGGCGGGGCGGCGGGGCCGCGGGACUGUGGGGUCCUCAGUCCGCGCAGCGAGCCGGGAGGAGCGGUCGGCGGGGCUGUUGCGCUGCGCCUCCUCCAACUGCUGGGAAACUCCGCACUUGAAUAUUAGAGCAUCUCUUUCCUGGGCAGGUAGAAUUGGACAGGCGAACGCUGCUAACCUCCAGUGGGCCAUAGAUUGGUACGAUAAAUUGAGUCUGUCAUUUGAGACCAGUUUUGGGCAGGCAUCCAGGCAUUGUUCUGCAUCUCUGCAGUGUAUGCGUGUUGCGCCGGUAGCUUGACAACCGUCCUUAACUGGUGCUGCCAAUAUGGUGGAAAGCAGGUAUUGUGCUUGUAUUGGGACAAAUGUCUUAAUUCAUUAACAUAUUAUGACAACACGUAGUUACAGCAGACUUAGUCAUUCUCUCCCCCAGAAGUUUUCUCUGAGGUCAGUUUAGUUAGUAUUUUGGCAAAGGCACACUCUUGUAUCUCUCUACAUUGGCAGGUAUUUCUCUCAUCUUAAUCUUUUUCAUAGGAAGAAGAAAUAAAUAUCUUCUCUGUAAGACAUCACUGUCAAGAACACCGAAAGAAGAACCCAUUAACGUAGGGAACGUUGAGGACUGGAACAGGCUGUGGGGCAUCUUUCCCUACACUUUGGGUUAUAACUUCCAUUGCAUCAACACCAUUUACCAGUAAACCAGCACACACAGUAAUCAGUACUCGAAAUAGUCCUGUUUUGCAGAAAAAGCCUGCUUUUCCCCCGCUUUGAUGAGAUAGAUACGUAAUCUUCAUAAGGACCUAUAAGGAAUUCCUCUGCGGACCAAAAUUUUAAGCCUCCAGUACAGGAUGCUAAAAGAAGCAACUCUUUAAUCUUGCCAGCCCAUACACAGUGAGGCUGAAGUGCUUCAAAUUUUCAGAUGUUUUACAUUUAGGGAAGGCUUUUCCAACAAAGACCUACUGCAGUUACAUCACAGGCUCCACCUCCGCCUGCCAGGCUGCUUCUGCAAGCCUGUUAGUGAGGAUAGUAUGUAUUGCUGUGCUUGAUUAAUGAAGAAAAGAAAUCCCCAAAUGCAAGAUUCACUUAUUUCUCUUAUCGAAUUCUGCUGAUUUAAUUGAAAAUUUCCAAAAUUAAUACAUGCAGCCAGGACUUAACUGAGGCAUGAUAAUAACUCUAUAAAUGUUAGCGUUCCAAAAGAUCUUGAGCAAAAUUACAGUAUUCUUCGUAAAAUCUUUGAUAUAUUGUAUUAGAAGGAAGAUUCUAUGAAAUUGACAAAAUAAGUGAAAAUGUCAUAUAAUAAAUUAAGCAGCAUUUCUUAAAGCAUGUUAUUUAGAUGUUCAAAAGAAACCCAGUUGCAUUAACAGACAUAAAAUCUGGAUGAUUGAGAAGUUUGCAGAGCUCACAUUACAAAUCUCCAGGUGCCUUAAAGGAAGCGUUCUCUGACCCCUCUGAGAAUUUUUAGCAAAUCACUGUUAGGGUUUCCAGAUUUAGCAAAUAAAAAUGUAGGCUACCCAGUUAAAUUUGAAUUUCAGAUGAACAGUGAAUUAUUGUUUUUAGAAUACCUAUGUCCCAUAUAAUAUAUGGUACAUACUUAUACUACAAAAUAUUAUUAGUUGUUUAUCCCAAAUUCAGUUUCGACUGGGCAGCCUGUAUUUUUCUAGCAACCCUAGUUAUUGGAAAUGUUUCAUUCUUCCUUUUUGGGUCAUUUAUGGGUUGAAAAAAUAAAGUGGAGCAGAAAUCAUAUGCUGUUCUGCAGACAAUCUGGGACAAGCUUAGUUCUGGUUCAAGCUUUUGAAAAUAACUCGUGCUUAAAAGUGAACAGCUUCACUUCAACACAUAUUGGUUGGGUAUCUCUGCUUGCUAGGCUUCGUGGAAGGUGCCAAGGAUGCAAAGAGGACAAGGGGAAAUGGGGCAGGGGGAGGGAUCUGCAUCAUAAGUUCUGGGACUUGCUGUACUGUUUUGUGUGUUUAUGGUCGUGGUGGAGGGGCGUGUCUACUGUAGGAGCCUGGGAGAGACACUGAAUUAUGCUGGGCAGCUACAGUCAGGGAGUGAGAUGCCUAGCAGUUUUGAAAGGGCUGGCCUUGAAUAAGACAGUGAGAUCUUAUCCCGGGAGAAAAUGAGAAAAACAAAAAACAACAACAACAACAACAAAAAACCUCUAUACCUCUGUAUUAAUAGAUAGUAGAAUAGAGUGGUGCUGGAUGUUGAAGGAUUUGAUCUGGUAGCCUUACUGAGAGGACAGAGUGGCCUGCUGAGAAUGAGGGAAGCGAGGGGGAUUCUAAAAGAAAGAUUUUAAAUAGUUGCCACUGGGAAUGGAAGAGAUAGCUGCAGAGGGACAACUGCAGGAAUUGGCAGAUGGUACUUGAGUGAAUGCACCUCAGCGUAUUUAACAUAGCAGUUGAUCUGCUCUUGACUCAUACCCUAAGUGAUCAUUUACUAUUCUACUACCAUCCUGGUCUCCUCAGAUAAAAAGUCGUCAUCACUCAAUACUGGAAUAUAUCAUUUAAAUGUUUUAUUACAUUUAUAUAAAAGUAGAUAUUUAAAUAUAAUAUUUGAGAUGCCGAUCAAUAGUCAGUUGCUUCUUGGCACAAAUCUCUGAAAUAAGAUAAGCAGAUGUCUUGGUUUUAGCAAAUCUGUUGCUUCAAGUAGGAAAAGAAAUUAAAUUGAGAUGAUUUCUGACUUGGUCCAGCUAUCUUUAAGAAGCUAGAUUCUGAUGAUGGAAAGAGUAUACAUUUUACAGAAAUAGCAAUAUGUGAAAAUGACUCUAUGCUUGUAGUACCACAGAGGACGUAGUCAGAAUGUUCCAAAUGCAGUUAAUUCCAAAAAACCAGCACAUCACAUACAUAUGUGUCUUUGAAGACCCAGAAACUACUUUCAUUAUUGAAUGACAUAGUAAGUUUCCAGGGAAGUUGAUGAUCAAACCAAUGCAGUCCAUGUAGAGAACAAUUACUCAUUUCUUGAAGACUCCAAUUUACAAACUCUGGCAACUGAUAAUAGAGUGCUGUUCUAGAUUGCACUUCUGUUAACAAAUCUAGUUUUCGUAGGAUCCAUCCUUCAGAAGAGCCUCAUGUGUUUGAGUGUUCAUAUGUGUGGUUAAAUUUCCACUUAAAAUUUUAUAAUAAGGCCUUAAAAUUAUAAAAAUUAUUCUAUACUAAAACUUAUAAUUAAGUAGCUCAUUAGGAUCUUUCUUAUCAAAUGAUUAUCCUUUCAACAGAGCAGAAACAGUUCUAUUUCAGGUUUUUUUACUGUUCCUCUUAUAAUGUCUGCUAAACACAUUCUGCCUUGUAGUUCUGAUAGUAUAUGAGAAAAAAAUGUGGACAGGAAUGUACUGAUAUUGCUAACAUUUCAAGGCAAGUAGACCGUAGGUUUUGUUUUCAGCAAGGCUUCACAAGAACACCGCUUAUUAAAGAAAGGCCUACUGCAGUAAUCCCCAAUGACAGUUUAUGUGGACUAUCACCCAGAGAGAGCCUUGACUGAAAUUGUGUGCCCUAUUUACAUUUUACAUUCUAAGUCCUCAGUGAAUCUCUGAAUUUAAAGAUUCUGAAGACAGUAUGUUCUUUCAUCCUGGGAGCUUUUAACCUUCCAGCUCACUUAUGCUGACCAUGAGCAAGUCAUGUUUUAUAUCAGUUUCCAUGCUGUAAAAUGGAAGAUAUGCACAUUAAAAAAAUAAUAUUGUGCCAACCCUAAUCUCAGUAUCUAUAAAAUAAACUCUAAGUGUUGCUGUGGUUCCAAGGGAUGAAUAACUUUAUUCUCAAUGAAAGUAGACAAGUUAUACAAUGUUUGGGUACUCUAUAUGAUAUUUUAGAUGCCAUCGAAAUAAUUAACAAUUUGAUUUUUUUUUUUUUUUUGCUUUUGCUUUUUUGGUGCAAA